CUGAGGAGCCAACAUUCGGUCUGAGAGCAGCCGCUGCUCGGUUCCUCCUCCAACUUCACCUCCUCCACCUCUCCACGUCCCGGAAGCUCGGACAGGAGCGAGAGUGAAGGAAGCGCAGCGGAGAGAACCAUGUUUUCCUUCAUGUUUCUCCUCCUCCUGGUUCCACAUGUGCUGUUGUCCUCUAUACAAGUAGCAGUCAUCUCCCCUCAGGAUCCCGUCCUGCCUAUUGGCUCCAGCCUGACAGCCACGUGCACGCUGAGCCCUGAGCUGGGCCUCCACGCCAGCACGUUGUACUGGGCCCUGAACGGGAUGAGUCUGUCCAGCAGCACCUACAGCGUGGUGAGCCCCAACACCCUGAGCGUCACACUUCAUAAUCUCAACGGCUCCCAGCAGCAGUCUGGAGACAACCUCGUGUGUCACGGAGCAGAUGGACACGUCCUGGCUGGUUCCUGUCUCUAUGUUGGCAGGCCUCCAGAAAAGCCAGUCAAUUUAACAUGUUGGUCCCACAACACAAAGGACUUGAGCUGCAAGUGGAGCCCGGGGGGGCGGGGUGAGACCCACGUCCGAACCAAAUACACCCUCAAGUACAAAUUGAGGUGGUAUGGGAGAGAGAAGGAGUGUGAAAUUUACAGCACAGGGAAGCAGCGUUACUCCUGCUACAUCCCCCGCAACCUCGCCCUCUUCACCCCGUAUGAGAUCUGGGUGGAGGCAGCCAAUCAGCUGGGCUCUGCCACCUCUGACAUCACCAGCCUGGACAUCCUCGAUGUAGUGACCACUGACCCUCCUGCCAACGUGCAGGUGAGUCGUGUCGGCGAUCUUGAGGACCAGCUGACGGUCCGCUGGGCCAGCCCCCCCGAGCUCAAGGACAUCCUGUUUCAGGCCAAAUACCAGAUACGCUACAGACUGGAGGAUAGCACUGAAUGGAAGGUGGUGGAUGAUGUUGGUAACCAGACGUCUUGUCGGCUGGCGGGCCUCCGGUCCGGUACCGUCUAUUUCGUUCAGGUGAGGUGCAAUCCAGUGGGCAUCUACGGCUCCAGGAAGCCCGGCAUCUGGAGUUACUGGAGCCACCCGGCUGCCGCCUCCACACCCAGCAAUGAGAGGCUGCCGAGCGGCUCCUGCGAUCCCAAGCCCGGUGAGCAGAACUCCACCCUGCGACGGGAACUCAAGCAGUUCUUCGGCUGGGUCCGCAAGCAUGCGUCCGGCUGCAGCGGCAUGUCGAUCAAACUGUACGAUCAGUGGAGGGUGUGGCUGCAGAAAUCGCACAGAACGCGCAACCAGGUAGAUUCUACAAGGCGAUAAUUCAUAGCAGCGCCGCUCAGCACCACUGCGGUGUUUAAUUCAAGCACAGCAUUCAAACGUUGACAGAUAACUGGCCCCGAGGGUCCCAGCUGUGUGAGAGGUCCAAAGCCCCGCCUGAGGGAUACUGCAGUGUUUGGUCAUACAGCCUUAACUUGAGUUUAAAGGGCCCGAGUGGAAGAUAACUGAAGUGAGACAAUGCAGCCUUUUUCUGCAGUUACCGCUGGCCAAAUCUGUCUGUUAGAUCUGUGUGCACAAACAAAUGUUAAGGCCCUCAGUAACUGCACUUUUACUCUGAAAAAAACGUAUCGUCGCAGUUUACUCAUUUUGUGUAAGAUAAGCAACUUAUUAAUGAUACUUGUAUGUCAGGUGAUACUGAAGCAUUACUGUACAGCAAGUAUCUAAAACAAAUGGGGGAAACUGGGAACAAAAUGUUCAAAACAACCCAAACUCUACUUUUCACUUCCAAGUAUUUUUAUAGAGCUCCAGGCUAUGAUUAUGGUUGGUGUGGCCUGUAGGAUAGUUUGUCUCUACAGCUAUUACUGAUGGAAAUAUUACUUCAGAGUAAAGCUGCCAUUAACGAUUAUUUUCUUUAUCAAAUAAGUUGCUGAUGAAUCUCAAAUAGUUUGAUCUACACACACAAUAAUCUAAAGGCCAAUCUUAUAAUAUAUUGUCUGAUGAACAGCCCAAAAUAAAACUAAUCAAUUUAACUGGAACUGUGAAUAUUUGGCAUUUUGCUACAAAGUUACUUUAAUAGCUGGCAAAUCACUUUCUGUCGAUCGAUCGUUUCAGAUAAAGUUCAGUGAAAAACAAAUUCGUGAAAUCACUAAAGAGCCGUUUGACCAGUCAUGGGUCAUGUAGUUAAGCUCAAUUGACGCAUAAAGGGACACAUGCGAUUCCUACUAGCUUCCAUAAUAUCCACAAUAUUCAUGCAUCACUUACUUGUUGAUUUGGGCUUCAUUGAAGGUCUACGUUUGGGGUUGCAGCAGGCGAAUGAGGGAAUUAAUGAGUGGAGUGAAUGUGCGUUAAGCUUGUCACAAAAUAAACAAACUCGUAUUCAAAGUAAACUUUGGCUUUAGUCAAACAUAAAAUAAAUAAAAAACUAAAUAAACGUAAUCCUUUCGUAUAUAUAGGUCACGUGCGAGUGGUAAAAACAAAACACUGCACCCUCAUGUCACACACCUGUGUCUGUUUCUAGUGACGGACGCUGAUUGCAUCACUUUAAACUCAAACUGCGACACCUUGUAGUUCUUAAAGAAAACAAACACAAAUGGCUCCAACAAAAAGUAAUCAGACAUCAAGUUGUGAGCUAUCUAAAAUGUUGCAUAUGCACCAUUUAUGUUGUUAAAUUCAGAUAUAUGUAGCAAAUGUGUUUAAUCUGUAAAAUGCAGACGCUGCACCGUGUCUGAGUAAACCAUUUUUUAAAGACGUUUUCAUACCGUUUAUAUUUUUAUUACUGCAUAUUUUAAUGUUUUUUUGUUUAAAUUAUAUUCUUUUACUGCAACAAAAGUGCUUCUGAGAAAUACUCUGUAAUGUAUAAAAACAGUAAAAAGUCAAACUUC